GCCCCUCUCACUCCUAUUGGCUGCCGGAGCCCGGCCCCCGCCACGUGAUCAGGCCGCGGCCGCAGUGCGCAAGGCCGGGAGUGGGCAGGCGAGGUGGGCAUGAUGUGGGCUGGCCGCGUCUUCCGCGCUGCGCUCUCCGGGGCCCCCCGCGGCCACCGCGCGCAGUCAGCGCUGGCUCAGCUGCGUGGCAUCCUGGAGGAGGAACUGGAAGGCAUCCGCGGAGCUGGCACCUGGAAGAGUGAGCGGGUCAUCACGUCCCGUCAGGGGCCGCGCAUCCACGUGGACGGCAACUCCGGAGGAAUCCUUAACUUCUGUGCCAACAACUACUUGGGCCUGAGCAGCCACCCCGAGGUCAUCCAGGCAGGUCUGCAGGCCCUGGAGGAGUUUGGAGCUGGCCUUAGCUCUGUCCGCUUCAUCUGUGGCACCCAGAGCAUCCACAAGGAUCUAGAAGCAAAGAUAGCCCGCUUCCACCAGCGGGAGGACGCCAUCCUCUAUCCCAGCUGCUUUGAUGCCAACGCCGGCCUCUUUGAGGCUCUGCUGACCCCGGAGGACGCAGUCCUGUCGGAUGAGCUGAACCAUGCCUCCAUCAUCGAUGGUAUCCGUCUGUGCAAGGCCCACAAGUACCGCUACCGCCACCUGGAUAUGGCCGAUCUGGAGGCCAAGCUGCAGGAGGCCCAGAAGCAUCGGCUGCGCCUGGUGGCCACCGAUGGGGCCUUUUCCAUGGAUGGUGACAUCGCACCCCUACAGGAGAUCUGUUGCCUUGCCUCUCAGUAUGGUGCCUUGGUCUUUGUGGACGAAUGCCACGCCACUGGCUUCCUGGGGGCCACGGGACGGGGCACAGAUGAGCUGCUGGGCGUGAUGGACCAGGUCACCAUCAUCAACUCCACACUGGGGAAGGCGCUGGGCGGAGCAUCAGGGGGCUACACUACAGGGCCUGGGUCCCUGGUGUCCCUGCUACGGCAGCGUGCCCGGCCCUACCUCUUCUCCAACAGUCUGCCACCUGCUGUCGUCGGCUGUGCCUCCAAGGCCCUGGACCUGCUCAUGGAGAGCAACGCUGUCAUCCAGUCUAUGGCGGCCAAGACCCAGCGAUUCCGCAGUAAGAUGGAGGCUGCUGGCUUCACCAUCUCGGGAGCCAAUCACCCCAUCUGCCCUGUGAUGCUGGGUGAUGCUCGGCUGGCCUCUUGCAUGGCGGAUGACAUGCUGAAGAGAGGCAUCUUUGUCAUCGGGUUUAGCUACCCCGUGGUCCCCAAGGGCAAGGCCCGGAUCCGGGUCCAGAUCUCGGCGGUGCACAGCGAGGAGGACAUUGACCGCUGCGUGGAGGCCUUCGUGGAGGUGGGGCGGCUGCACGGGGCACUGCCUUGAGUCCUGGGUAGUGACAAGCAGAGCCAAGGUCUCCCUCCUUCCACAGCGACAGAGAGGGGGGCCUUUGACCAGCCCAGGCCAGAGGCUCUGAACUCUGUCAGUCCCGGGGCCGGGCGGGGGUGAGGCCUGUGCUUGUGGCUGUGAGUGUGAAGGAACAGUGUGGAAACUGGCUGUGA